UCAAGAAGCUGUGGCUGCACAUCCAGAAGACGGUGGCCUGACCUCCAGUCUUGCCAGGGCAUGCAGGGCUAGCUUGCUGAAGUGAAAAUGUGCAGGACGGAACAGGCCUGACUUGGCGCCCAGACAUAUGGAGAUGCGGGAUGAGGCAGCGCCCAGGUUUCCCGCUCGGCCACGUAGGACUUCUAGUUCCUUGACCCCUGUUCUUGGAGAGAAGGGGGGAUGCCUGCCUGUGAAGAAGGUCUUUCUUCAAGAUGUCAAGGUUGGUUCAGCCCCCGUCUACUCCGGGGUGGUGCUUAGCCGGCGCCAGACCGACCCUCGACUUCGGAGAGGCAGUGCCAUUCCUCUGGGGACUUCCCCGUCGGUUCCUUCGGUUUCCUCGGCCUCCUCGGCCGCCUUAUCACCCGCGGGGGCCCGAGAGCUCGGUGUAUGCCCCACGCCUGACGCCACUAGAGACAUGUCCACCCCGGCUCGGCGGCGCCUCAUGAGGGACUUCAAGAGGUUGCAGGAGGAUCCUCCAGCCGGAGUCAGCGGGGCUCCGUCCGAGAACAACAUCAUGGUUUGGAACGCGGUCAUUUUUGGGCCUGAAGGAACCCCAUUUGAGGAUGGAACCUUUAAGCUUACAAUAGAAUUCACUGAAGAAUAUCCGAAUAAGCCACCUACGGUUAGAUUUGUCUCUAAGAUGUUUCAUCCAAAUGUCUAUGCAGAUGGUAGUAUAUGUCUGGACAUACUUCAGAACCGUUGGAGUCCAACCUAUGAUGUGUCUUCCAUUUUAACAUCAAUACAGUCUCUAUUGGAUGAACCCAAUCCCAAUAGUCCAGCAAACAGCCAGGCUGCUCAGCUGUACCAGGAGAACAAGCGGGAAUAUGAAAAACGUGUUUCUGCGAUAGUAGAACAGAGCUGGCGUGACUGUUGACCCGGGUGCAGGAAAAGAAGAAGCUGGUCAUAAGAAAAAUAUAUAUUGAUGUGUUUGUCACCAUCCUCUUCUUCAGUGUCAUUACAUUUACUUUAUUAAAAACAAAAUAGCUGUUGUGCUGUUUCCAUCUUCCCUUGCCAAGCUUUUCCUACCCCUUCUACCCUCUCCUUAAACAUCAGAAAACACCCUGUAUGAGAUCAAAUGUACUGUACCUGGGUUACGUGCAAAAAUUACUAAUGCUUAAUUCCUUUUCUGUUGUAUCUCAUUUCCAGUUUUAGGGCAGUAUUGUGUUACUGUACUUUACACUAAGCUUUUUAAAUGAAUUGUUUUACAAGUGGUGCUUAUGCAUAGCUUGAUGACCGGAAUGUUAUUUUUAAUGGAAUGACUGCUGAAGUGUUUCACCCUGGCUGGUCCUUCACUUGUGUUGGAUUUAGAAGUGAAUUUUUGGAAUAUGGCCUAUAGAAAACAGGGAAACAAAUCCAUACAAACAUCCAUUUUGAAAGAGCAAUGGAAGCUACAAAGGCUAUGAUACUAAGAUCUAACCAACCUAAAUUAUAUUUUUUACUGGUAGGAAAGAGACUGUUAAAGGACUCAGGCAAAGGAGUUGCAGCAGUCAUAGUAAUUGACACAUGCUCUCCUUGCAAGGUAUUCACUGAACACACCCAAGCUAAGUUUCAGAAUACUGAAGUCUUCUGGAUUUUCACGUUUUAAAGAGGUGUGGGAGCAGAGGAAUGGAAACAAUCAUUAGUUUUUAAGCUAGGGAAGGUUGGAGAUCCUUUAAUCUUUUUAAAGGAGCAGUGCUACCCUAGAUAAACAAAUUUAUAAUCCCCCAUUGAUUUUUUAGAGUUUUAAUUAACCCAAGGAAGGGAACAUAUCUGUGGCAAACCAUUUUCCACUCAAAUCCUCAGUUAAUGCUGCAUGCUUUAGUUUCUUCCUCCCUUUCAGUAUUAUAAGACACUUAAAGUCAAUGUUUGCAAUCUUUCUUUGGAUAUUUAUACUUUUAGAUAGACAGUACCUUUAAGUAGCAGUGUGGGACAAGGCUUGUAAAUGUUUUGUCUGAUGUUCCAUUGUCACCUUUUGUGCAUUUAUCACUCUUCUAAAUCUAACUUUGCACAAGUAACCCAUGUAAAAAAUGUACAUUUUUCAAAACUUGUAAAUAAAAAUAACCUUAAAA